AUGGCAGAAGUUUCGCGAAUGACUUUGAAGAUACUAUACUCUCUAGAUGAUGGAACAAGUGGGAGUUACUUGGCACGUUCCAAGAAACCACAUGAAGUUAGAGUCGCCAAUAUCCCAAACCCAUCAUCUCCAACAGAUAGUGAAUUGAAAUUACGCAUAGGUGCAGUGAACCUUUCAUUUGUCCUAGAUGAAAUACAAUUGAACUCUCCAGAAGUAAUGGAAAUAUAUACAAAUAGACCUUCGAUAAAUAACGAUGUGGUAAUGGAUUAUAAUCUUUAUUAUCAUGAUAUUUGUGAAGCCAAUGAACCAUUAGUCAGUUUAGGUCUAUUAUCAAAGAUACGAUCCAAUUUACAAAAACAAACUCAAGAUAAAUUAACUACAAUCAAUGAAGACACAACACCAGAAGAUGAUGGCGACGAAGAACUUGAUGAAUAUGAUGAUGAAUUUAUGGUAAUUGGUAGAGUUUGCUCCAAUUUUUCUGCAAUGUUAAGAAGAACGUAUAGUAAUGCAUCUAAAAAGAGAAAGCAAAAUAAAAACGAUGAAAAUAAUUCUGAAUCUGUAGCUACACCAGAGACCCUUGAAGUGAAAUUAAAACUUAAAAGGGUUGUCACAAAUAGACCUAAGGAGAUGCCUGAAAUACCGAAGGUCUCCACUCCGUCUGUAAAACCUCAAAGAUAUGCUCCUCCAACAAUAACAACUGUGGCAAAAUCCGUUAGAGUAAAUAAGAGGCAAACAAAUCCAAAGCCUGCACCAAAGGCUAUCAGAACACAGUCCUUACCUAUUUGGGAUACUCGUUUGAAUCCAGCUGGCUCUGGUUUCAUGAAAACAUCAAUUGCACAUAAAAUAUAUAUGGCGGACAGACAAACUGAGAAUCUUGGUAAACAACAGCAGCAGCAACAAAAGCAGGAAAGUCAUCCUGAUGCAUUAACCUACGAGAUAAAUUCUUUGCAACCUGAUAAUUCUGUACAGAAGAUUAAAGUCGAUGAUGCCAUCAGUAAAAGGUUUGAUUUUAUGAAUAAGAAAAAGGAUACAGCUACAAAUAAUAUAACAAUUAUGAAACAUAGUACUGCUUCAACUAAGAAAUCGACUAAAAAAGUUACGAAAGCCAGCAGAACUAAAUCGGGGAAAAUCCUACCUACAAUGGCUACCAUGCAAAUAUCUCAAACAGUGCCUUCGCCAUUAACUACGAUAGCUAAUGGCUUAAGUGAAACUAUAACGGGCAAGACACCAUGUGAUGAAGAUGAUGACAUCAUUACUUCAGCUAAUAAUAAUAAUAAUAAUAAUAGCAGUAGUAACAAAGAGAAUAUUCCACCUCCAAUAGAUAACGAAAACAUAAGUCGUGAUAUGUAUACGAAUUUAUUGAAUUUUAAUGAAAAUAGUAUUGAUUGGUUAAAUGAAUUCAAUGAUGCGACUAAAGGAUUAGAUUUAGUAGGGAUGAUGGAACCUCCAAGUAAUACUACUCCAAUGGCAAUGACAAAUCUAACGAAUUCUAAAAAUACACCAAGAGACAUUCCAACUGUUGAAGAUAUGGAUAGAACAUCUCCAAUUGAUACAUUAUCUAUGCCAUUAAUGGAAUUAGAUCAAGCGGGGAAAAUUCAUAAUAUUAGAAACAAUGAAAAAUCUAUUGAAAAUGGUACGCUUACAAACAUGAGAAAGAAGAGUACAGGUGGUAGUACUAAAUCUAAAGUCACUACAUGUCAUGACCAAUUACGUCGAUUACCAUUACUUUCUGGUCAACAGAAGGAAUUUAUUGAUAUUGCAAGUGCUAUGCCUGCUGAUGUCACUGUUCCAAAUAGUGAUGCAACAGUAUUAGUAAGUUAUUCAAAGAGUGAAGAUGAGGGUAAUGAAGAAGAUGAAGAAGAAGAUGAAAGCUCUAAUAAGCGUCAUGGUAUUAUGCCAUCAUCGCCAGGGAUGAUGUUUGGAUAUAAGCCUACAUUGAAUGAAGAUGAAGAUGAAGAAAAUGAUGAUUAUGAAGGUGACGAUAUCUUUUCAUCCUUUGUUAAUGGUAGUAAUGAUGGAGUAAGUCAUGAUACGCCCGCUACUAAUAAUUGCAGUAGUGAUCCUAAAUAA